AUGGAUAAUACAACAGAUAAUACUGAAUAUGCAGAACAUUCAGAUAGUAUGGUAUUAGUGCAAGAUAUUAGUCCAGACAUAUUAAAAAUUAUUAAUAUAGACAGUUUAAAUCUUAGUGAAAUUUCAUUCCAAUCCUCUACAUCAUUGCCAAAAAGCGAUACUAAAAAAAAUAGUAAAACUUGUGAAUUCCAAGUAUUAGCAGAAUCAUCACAAAUGACAAUUAUGCAAGUGUAUAAUACAAUAGCUAAAUAUAUAUUCAAUAAUUCAAAACAAAAAAAGCUUAAUAAUCAUAUCACUGCUUUUAUUGUUGAGAAUCUUUAUCCAUUUUCAGUACUUAAAUCACAAGCAUUUAAACGAAUAAUAGAAGGACUUAACACACAAGCUAAUGUGCUUAGUAAUGACUGUUUAAAAAAAAUUCUCCUUAAUGCUGGAGAUAAUAUUUUACAAAAAAUUUGGAAAUAUGCAAUUGAUUCUCUUUUAGCAGAAGCCAAUGAAAAUAGUUCUUUAAGAACUUAUAAAGAAAAAGAACUAUCAUCUGAUGAUUGGAAUAAGAUAACUGAAUUGGUUAAAUUAUUGCAUUUUUAUGAAGUUGUUUUAAAACAUUUAUCUAACUCAAAGUAUCCAACAUUGUCACAAGCAUGGUAUGCUAUUAACUUUAUCAAGGGCAAAAUUAAUAAUGCAAUAGUAUACAUGAAAAUAUUUAUAAAAGAUGAAAAGCAAAUGACUAUUUUAGAAGCACGUAUGAAAUAUAAAGAAAUAGGUUCCAAUAAAUUAGGCAAUAAAUCAGAUACAGAGAGUCAAACAGAUCCAACCAUAUUUGGUGAUGAAAAUAGUGAUAAAGAUAUCUUUUCUACUGUGGCAAUGCAUUUUCAAGAACAAUUAAGUUAG